GCUCUCUCUCUCUCUCCUUUACAUAAAGAACGUCUACAAAUAAUAUAAGCAGUUAUACUCAUUUUAGCAGCCGAGUUAGCUCACUAAUUCACCUGACAGAAGUGUAACCGACUCACUGUCGGUCUGUUGAAUUGGUACUGAACUAUUCUUGUUGAAUAAUAUGCUUGAAUAUUAAAAUAUACAAUAAACAGUGUCCAAUAAUAUACUUAGGGCCAAAUUACUCAAUUCUGAUUGGUCAAUCAAGGAGGGCUUUUCUUUCCCCCCUGAACACGGGGCCGUAUUUCUGAAAUGCUAUUGGCUAGUUCGUUGCUUGGUUACGGUUACAAAAAUGAGCAAAUUUUGCCAACAAAAUGGCGGACUCUGCUGACUCAGCAAUUCUGCGUUUCGCUGUGUUUGACGAAGAAAUGAUAAACCAGUUGCAGGCGAAAAUGAAAAUACCACAAAAAAGUACGAAUUUUUGGCUUUCCGUGUUUAAGAAGUGGGCCGAAGAAAGACAAAUAAACGACUCUGUAGCGGCGUAUGAAUGCUGUGAGUUAGCAAGGUGCUAUCGCGGUUUUAUGCAGAAGUGAGGAAAGAAAACGGGCGAAACUACGAACCAGACUCUCUUAAAGUAACGCAGGCAGCAUUGGAUCGCUUUAGAAACUGAUUCAAACGUGCAAGAUCGUCUUGCGCCCUGAUUGGUUCAGAAAACGUGAAUGACAAAAUGUUGUCACCUUAAAUGGCUUCCGUAGUAUGAAUUUGGCCCUAUAUAUAUUAUAAACAAGUAAUCGUAUGGUUCCUCGUAAAAUUACGGAUCAGUUUCACUCGUGAUUUGCAGUUUUCAAAAAUCACUCGUGAAAUGAAUCCUUGAUUUUACUCGGCCCCAUACGAUUACCUGUACAAACAUCCAUCAUAAUAAUGCAGCAUAAACUAACAUCUCUGUUCUGUCUGGUAUUUGGAGAUAAUGGACGUGUUUGCUGUAAAUAGCAUGAACUUGGAUGAGUCCACGUCCAGCUCUGAUGCUGCUGAUGUUUUAAUUCGCUCCACUAAAGCAGUCUUUGACCAAAAGAGACACAAAAACCUGAAGGAAAACAUGGAGUCGGGAUUAUUUUACCACAGAGAUGUUAAUAUUUCUGUGCGGAGACUUUCAGACUCUGUUCAUGGUUCCUGUUUGGCUGAAAGUGGACUGGAGGAGAUGCUGGUUCCUGCUGUGCUCCCUGUAAACACACAUUCAGCUUCACCCACAGUACCUGAAGACCAACAUCAUACAGCAUCAAAUCCAGUGUUGGGAGUUUCCAGGAGAAGUAAUCUUCCUAGAAGAGGUAGAGAUGCACUAAAAACAUCAGUCAACCAAAAACGGGACCAAAAGCAAGAAGAGGAGGAUGUGUUAAUCUCAAGAUACUCAGCUCACGGGAGAGGUGCUGUUGUAGCUGCUCUAAAGCACAGAUCCCACAGUGCACCAGUGAGGCAGGAGGUAAAGGUACAGCUGUUGGAUGCAGGACAUCCGCAAAACAGUGAAACAAAACUUCCUGAGGUGCAGCCUAACACUGCUUUAUCAUCACGGGAUGCUGGAGUUGCUUCAACUGCUGCGGCCAUUUCAGCUGCUGCCAUUGCAGCCACAGCUCCUCUCAUCAAGGCCCAGAGCGAUAUGGAGGCUCGUGUGGCUCAGGUGGCAUCUGAAUUGCGGCGACUCCAGGAAGCCGAAGGCAGAGUGAACAACGUAUCAGACAGCAGAUCAGGCAGUGGUGCAGACAGAAUGGUCCAGCUGCAGGAACAGCUGAAUGUACUGACCCAGCAGAGGCUUCAACAUCUGGAAACCAUCCAAAGUCAACAGCUUGAGCUGCAGAACCGUCUCUUGGGCUCUGCUCUGGAUGCUGUAACAGCACGUACCAUCCCACCCUCACAAUCCACACAUCACACAGGCUCUGGUGUAACCCUGCCAGAGUCUGUACACAGGCCAGAGUUCAGCAGGCUUCAUGUUGUGGAAAACGCUGCUGCAGGAAAUUCAGGAUCGGCAGUUACCCAGGAGCAAAGCAGGGAUUCUCUGAGAGGAGGUGGGAAAAGUCCGUUAGAGAUGCCGGCACCGCGUAAUGUCAUCCCCAAACCCACCCACUGGAAUCGUGCGGCCUACAGCAAACAGAACAGAACACACAAACCUGCACAGACAAAGCACGGAAAUGGCAGGCUGCAAGAACAGACCUCUAACAACCAGAAAUCUACAAGAGACACAGCACAGCCUAAUGGAGUAAGGCAAGUUGCCAUAGCAACAGUCAAUGACAGCCAACCAGAGCAUUCAAGAGGGAACCCAGGAGAAACAUCCAUCUUUCCCUCUGGAAGGGUUGAACAAGAGAGGCCAAUUGGUGCACUAACCAAGCUUCUGAGCACAAACGAGAGCCAAGAAAGCCUGAAGGGAGUACCUACUUUAAUCCAUACAGCUCCAAGCAGCUCCAACUCUGCUGUACAGCAGGCCAAUGCAAUGCUACAGGAUCUGAGCAGACUCAAAGAUGACAUGAGAAACUUACUCCAGACUGCUGAUGCAUUUCCUGUGAAGCGUGCCGAGCCAAACCACACCGCACCCCCCACCCUGCCCUCUCCUCCAACCCAACCCCCACCCCCAGUCUCCAUGCCAUCAGAGCAGGAUGAUGAGGUCACUCCUAAGGCUAUUCCUCUGUCUCGACCCAGCCAGCUACAGAAUAGCCGUCCACCUGCUUCCAUGUUUGAGGAUGCGGGGCGUGUCCUGAGGCAGGUCAGACAAAGCCGGAAGGUUCUAGAGGAGAACCUGCAGGCAAUUUUGAGAGCCAAGGAUGGAGAGGUGCUUCAUACACAACUAGAGGCACUGUCGAACAACAGGGAUGCCAGCGAGGACCUGAGAAUAAAAAAGACUGUUGACGCCUGGAUCAACACACUGAGCAAGGAGAUUCAGGAUGAGCUCGCUCAACACGGAUCUGUUGUUCAGAUGAAGGCUGUAGAGAGAGAUAGUGUGGCAGCAGGCGGAUCAGCACAGCGGGAUCAGAGCAGCAGGAGCAGGAGCACAACUGGGAAGGAGCCUGGAAGACUGGGGAGAGAGCGGAAAGGAGCCACUGCAGCGGCAAGGAAAAAAAGCUCUCACAGAGACUCCAAUAGACCACAGACAGUGAGCGCACAGGCUUCCAGCCAAGAGAUUGCCUCAUCUUUCAGAAACAGCACUGAGCAGCACCCACAGGCGUCGCUGGUGCUGAAAUCUGCAGGUGGUGAAGCUUACCUCACAAAGGUGUACGGGAAAGCCCUGUACGAGGGACAUCGGCGCACAUUAAAGAAAGGCCCUUACCUACGUUUCAGCUCUCCUACACCAAAAUCCAAAGCGCAGCAUCCCAAAAUCGUAGAGCGCGUUAAAGGUGUGAAGAUGAAGUCCUGCAAGACCCAAACCAGCGUUUCUGGAGCUUGUGAUGCAUCUCUCUUGCAGCUUGUGACCUCUGAGCCCCAGUACCUGUUCAGUCCUUGCAGCCCCAUCCAGGAGCAGCAGCCUGGCUCGCUGUUAAAAGGCUACCUCGUGCCCAUGGCCAUCCCUUUGGGAAAGCCCAGAGUUGAUGGCCAGGCUCCUUUCCCUUCACGGGUCAUCAUUAGUGACAAGCCUGCAACUGCGAUGACCUCCAUCCCUCCUGCCCCCAAAGUGUUUCCUCUUAUCCGUAAACCCAACACCUUGCUGCUGGAAGUUCAGGCUGAGCCCAAGAAUCCUGCCCCACACCUCGAAAUCCAGGUUCAACCCAGUGUGAACAUUGAGAGUGCAUCAGCCCUGAGCCGCACGCCCUCUCCCUCAUCGCCUCCUCUUCUCUCUCCUCCAUCCUUUCAGACCGGAGCAGACGCCCAAGCAUUCGAAGAGGAGGCUGACGAGAAUGAUGGCUUUCCUGGAACCAACUUCUUGGAGGUGGCAGACAGCAGUCAGGAGCCCGAAAUGGAGGGAGAAUUUCCUGAUUCUCCGAUAGAACUGCAUGGACUACCUUCUCCUCCAGUGGCUCUGUACCACGGUCCGACUUUCCCAACACAGCCGAGCCAGCCUAGUCCCCUCACCCAGCCCGUACUCACCGCCAUCCAGCAUAGAGACACCCUGGAAAACAGACUUGUGGCCUGGGUGGAGCAGCAGUUGAUGGCAAGGAUGAUCAGUGGGAUGUUCCCUCAGCCAGCCCAUACAGACCCAGCCACCCAAUCAGAGCCAGAGGACAGCGUUACCUCAGACACCACAGUGGAGACAGCAGGAGGACUGCAGCUAGUUGUGGACGCUGGCGUGCCAGUGGACUCGGCGCUCAUCCGGCAGUAUGUGAAUGAGGUGCUGGCUGACAUAAUCGCCCUAACACUGGGCCAGAGAGAGGGUCCGAGAGAGCCUCCUGCUCCAGCUUCAACACAGGAUACCCACAUUCAGCAGGAGAGUGCAGUGCCGACACCAGUGCCCACUCCUGAGCCUAGUGUGAAAGAGAAUCCUCGAGUACUGAGAGAGGCACCAUCUCCAGUCAGCACUCCAGACAUCUCGGCGCAUUCUUCCCCUGCUCAGUCACCCAGAGAUUCCCAGCAUGCACAGCCUCAGCAGCCAGUUUUAUCAGAACCAGAAAAGGAUCCAGUGGAAACACCUAUAUGUACUCCAGUUCCAUCCCCCAGAAGAAUAGAGACACCAGAGCCAGAAAGCCUGCAUAACCAUCCAUGGGGAGAUGCAGAACUUCCACUUACAGAGGAGAAGCCACACAGUGAAGGAGAGGAGCAGCAACCGUUACCGGUCAGUGUACUGUCAGUAGCUUAUGAAGAGGAGGAAGAGGCAAUCAUCCAUCCAUUCUCUCCAGUUCCCCCUAAACCACAGAAUCCUUCAACUUCUGCAGUAGAGCAUACUCAACCCGCUCCUCCUGAGUCUCCAUCUUUGAAGGAGAACAGCUCAAACUCCAGCACCUCCAUCACAGAGACAGAGACAGACACUGCAGCCAGACACAUCUCUGAGGGAGAGCUGCUCCUCAGCUGCAGCCAGAUGGCUACAGUCAGAGCUCUGGCAGAGGAGGGCUUCACGUUGCAGAACCUAAUGGCAAGCGUCAACAGCUCACUGCAUGGAGUCCAAGAUAUGGAUUAUGACCCUCCAAGUGAGGGUGAGGUGAUGAGAAGGCCACUUGUUUCUGCCCAUCGUGACCCAAUCCUGUCACUGCUGGCCCGAAUGGAGCAGGGUCCAGUCAGCCAAUCACAGCAACCACAGAGGUGGUGGGAUGAGGAGAGCAGUGGGGAGGUAAGCGAGGGGCAGCGGCCGGUUCUGACUGAAGCACAGGAGAGAGUGGUAAUGGGACACUCUUUCAUCCCGCAGCAUCAGUCUGUCUUUGCAGAGCAAUCACACCAUGGUACCCUGAGUUCACCUGGGCAAUCACAAAUUCAGCAUACAGGUGCAGUAGUUAAGAAUGGUGGGCUGUCCGUUAACGUCUCGCUAUCAGCAGAGCACACAGAGGCUCAACAUGUUCUUCACUCAUUCACUGCAUCUUCCCUUCAGCCAGGGGACUAUGCACAUCAACAGGCUGCUGAGACUCCGCCUUUAUUGCACAGACCAACUCCAAUACUGGUGCAGCAAUACAAAAGCACAGAGGAGCCAGAUUCAGCCUCAGGGGGACCUCCGCCCUACCAAACCACUGAACCCUCCUUUGGAGAAGGAGGAGCUGAAAGUGCUCAACCACCAAGAGGAGGCCUGGAGCUAACAUCAGUUCAGCUGCAGUCUGACCAAAGGGACAGUCAGUCUCUCUCUCUCAGCAAUGCAGAAGGCGAUUCAGACUCAUUCAGUGAUGUCUUCUAGUACCUGUGGAGCUCUCCCUGUGUCUCCUCCAGCAGGUCUCAGUUGACAGGAGCUGAGGAAAUCUCUACCAGCCUGAGCAGAGCUGUGGGACCAGGGAGAAUCGUCUAUCACUGUGCCUUGUGAAAGGAUGAAAUGAUGUGUCUUAUGGUUAGUGUGAAAAUGUUUUGCUUAAUGGUUGUGGCACUACACUUGCCAUAACAAGAGCUGCCUGAACGUGAGAUCCUGUGCCAUUCAGGUGGGUUUAAUUGUGUGAAAAGGAAAAUGUGCUUAUUGGAUAUUCAUGCAUGACUUUGCACUUUCAAACCAAUAAAUAUUUUAUCACUAAGCAUCA